CUUUCAUCAUCUCUGUUCUCCCUGCAGGUAAACUCCUCAGGUGUGAUGCCGUUGCAUCGUUUGCUGCGUCCGUCCCUCUGCCACCCUCUGGCGGGCUGUGCCCGGGCGCUUCACUGCAGAUCUCAGUGGAUUCUGCGCUCUCAGGCUGAAAACCUGCUGCGGCGGCGGCCUCCGUCCCACCUGGUGACGCGGAGACAGAGCAGGAGGUCCAGGAGUCAGGAGGACGAGUGGAGGACCAGGAACAAGACGGUGCUGACGUACAUCGCUGCCGCCGGCGUGGGAAUGAUCGGCCUGUCGUACGCCGCCGUGCCGCUGUACCGCCUUUACUGCCAGGCCGCGGGGCUUGGUGGCACGGCUGUAGCCGGGCACGACACGGACCAGGUGGAGACGAUGACGCCGGUGAAGGAACGCGUCAUCAAGGUCACCUUCAACGCCGACACGCACGCCAGCAUCCAGUGGAACUUCAGACCCCAGCAGACGGAGAUUUACGUGGUUCCCGGUGAGACGGCGCUGGCUUUCUACAGAGCCAAGAACCCCACAGAUAAACCCAUCAUCGGCAUCUCCACCUACAACGUGGUUCCCUUUGAUGCAGGGCAGUACUUCAACAAGAUCCAGGUGAUGUCAGAGCGUCAGAGCGCGCCGCCGUUUCACACAGCAGAGGGAUUUUCUGGAACAGAUUAA